UUCCCUCCCCUGCUCCCCCCGGGAAGAGGCUGGUUCUCUUGCUUCACUCGCUCGGCCUUGUUUUUUUUUUUUUCUCCACCCCCCCUUUUUUCCCCUCCCUUCCUUUUUUUAGCUUUUCUCCCUUUUUAAAUUCCUCUUUUUCUUCCCCAAACCAGCAAGACGCUUUCCUCUGCCCCGGGGGCAGCAGCAGCAGCACCACCACCACUCACAACAACCGGGCCGGGUUGUCUUGCACAACCGGAGGGGCGCUUUCUAGGCUACCAAACACCCCCUUCCCACCUUUGCCUCCCCUUCCAUCCGAAAACCAGUUAGGAAGACAUGAACGGCUCGGCUCCCUCGCCUAACAUGGAACCAGCGGCGAACUGAACAACAAAGACGCGAAACCCCUAGUCGGAACCGCGAUCAUGGAGUUCUGAUGGACCCGAUGCUGGCCAAGUCCACCUGGGAAUCUUACAGCUCUGCAGGGGAGGUAGCUGUAUCCAGUUGGGUGGCAGGCAGACCCAAGGGGUACCAUGAAGUUUUCAGGACCCCUGGAGAGCCAGAGAUUGUCUCUCCUCCUGGAGAUGGCAAUCUCUAGGGAAGCUCAGAUGUGGAAAGUUCAUGUGCCCAAAAUUCAGCCCAACCAGGAUGUAGGCAUUUCUCCAACCCAGCGGGACGAAGUAAUCCAUUGGCUGACCAAACUCAAGUGCCAGUUCCACCUUUAUCCAGAAACGCUCGCCCUGGCUGUCAGUCUCUUGGACAGGUUUUUAGCUGCCGUGAAGGCCCGUCCAAAGUACUUGAACUGUAUUGCAAUCAGCUGCUUCUUCCUCGCCGCCAAGACUAUCGAGGAAGAUGAGAGGAUUCCAGUACUGAAAGUGUUGGCCAGAGACAGCUUCUGUGGCUGUUCUCCAGCGGAAAUUCGCAGAAUGGAGAAGAUCAUUCUGGAUAAGCUGAACUGGGACCUUCACACAGCAACCCCGCUGGAUUUUCUCCACAUUUUCCAUGCAGUCGCCUUGUCCACCAGGCCUCAGCUGCUGACCACCUUGCCCAAGAGGAACCCCUCCCAGCACGUGGCCCUGCUCACCAAGCAGCUGCUCCACUGCCUGGCCUGCUACCAGCUCCUGCAAUUCAAGGGCUCCUUGCUGGCCUUGGCCAUCAUCAGCCUGGAGGUGGAGAAACUGAUCCCCGAUUGGCUCGCCCUCAUCAUCGAACUGCUCCAGAAGGCACAGAUGGACAGCUCGCAGCUGAUCCACUGCCGGGAGCUCGUGGCACAGCACCUUUCCCCUCUGCAGCCUUCCCUGCCGCCCAACUCCGUCUACGUCUACAGCCCCCUGAAGCACAACCUGGUGACCUGCCACGCAGGAGCCCUCCAAUUCCGGCCCUCCUCCGCCCCAGGCCCAGAACCCAAGGACAACCGCCAACCAGAAGUGCCAAGCCGCGGCUCCGCUGCGUCGUGCCCGCGCCGGCCGGCUCCCAGCGGGUGCAAGCAGGCGACGGCCAAGCGCAAAGUGGAAGAGAUGGAGGUGGACGACUUCUACGACGGGAUCAAGCGGCUGUACAAUGAGGAGAAUGCCCCGGAAGGGGCAGCCUUGGAAGGGAAGGCUGCCUCGGCCUGCGGUGCUGACGUCUCGCGGCAAGGCGGGAGUGUGUCCCCUUGCCCACCUCUGCAGCCCGUUUCUGUCAUGUAGUCGCCCGCCCUGCUCCUUUGGAGGAAGGCUGCUAUGUCGCGUGUGUGUGUGCACGCAACAUCAGGCAACAGCUGGCCAGUCGAGCGAAGGCAGUACCUUACGGGGCUAAGCAAAAGGGAGCUAGAUUUUUCUUUUUAAAAGACCCUCUCUUCCCCCUCCUGCACCCCCCCUACCUUGUGCGGCUAAUUAUAGUUCACCCCUUAUUUAAGUACUUAAAAACAAAACAAAAAAAAGUAUCAAAAAAAUCCUUUUUAAAAAGACGCAAAACCAAACAAAAAAAGUAGUACAAAUUUCUUUCUCGUGUCGUCUGUUCCACUGUUUUUAAUCUGUUGUUGUGUAUCGUACACCCCCCCCCACACAUCUGCCGUGUUGGAGAGUUCACACUGAAUGUGCAAAAACCCCCCAAAAAGGAUUCUGUUCCAAAUUUCCAGGAAUGUCACAUCUCCAGAUUCUGAGGUUUGCGUCACGUUGAGGAUUUCCUUUCCCGAAUCCUUCCUCUCUUUUUCUUUUAAAGCUAUCUGAUCGUCUCGUGCAUGAAUUUCUGUACUUCUGCACUGUUUACUUAGAUAACCUUUCGUUUAAAAAAAAUAAUAAUGCAAAACUCUCCUCCUUUUCUAUCAUUUAACACUUUGGUGUUUUAAAAUGUGUUAUUUAAAACUAGAUCUGCAUUUAAAAUUUAAGGAAUUAAAGGGGGGGCCGGUGGGGGAGCCGCUCGGAAUCUGCCUCCCACCAAAACAAACAAAUCUAGAGCAUUGUCAAUGGAAAAUGGAAGAUGCGCCAGUCUCAGGGGAUUUCUCCUUGGAUUCUGGUUUUAGAUCAUCUUCAGGUAAGGGUUGGCAGCUUUGAAGUGUGUACACAGAGCGGGCCAGCACUCCUGAGUGACAGCCCAGGGGUGGAAUUCUAGCAGGAGCUGCUUUGCAUAUUAGGCCACACCCACCUGAUGUAGCCAAUCCUCCAAGAGCUUACAGGGCUCUUCGUACAGGGCCUACUGGAAGCUCUUGGGGGAUUGGCUACAUCAGGUGGGUGUGGCCUAAUAUGCAAAGCAGCUCCUGCUAGAAUUCCAGCCCAAGUCAAAAUGUAGCAUCACAGUGCCCCAAAAGCUGCGACCCGCCCCCACCCCAUCUCGUUCAGCAAAAACAGCGGCAUUAAUGACGAAUGUUGACCUUGCUGGCGUAUGCAUUGGGGCAUUUUUGUUGCGUGCAAAGGAUCAGGCACAGAUUCCCUUCUGCUUCUCCCCCCACCCCCCACUCGAUUUUUACAUUCAUGUAAUUUUUUAACGAGAAGCCUGGGAAGGGGUGGGGUGAGCCACCAACGUUUUUGAAGAGUUUUGUCCUUCGGCACCCCUCUCUACUUCUCGGAAUAAUCUCCGUUCUCAAGCUCUCUCUACAGCCCUUUGGAAAAGUAUUUGCUUUCAACAGCCAGACUCAGUUAAGCCUUCUGGUAGCAAUAAAACAAAUGUUGUCCUUGGA